GAGGUUGGGGCAACCUGACACACAUGAGCAUUAAUAGCCAUGUUUACCUGUACUAGUUGAGAGCCAAGGUUGAAGUCAUUCAUGUGUGAAAAAUGUUGUCGAGGCAUCUGUAAACGGCUAAAGAAAUGCAAAUGUAGCACAGUUUAGACUAUGCACUUGCUUUGUGUACAGAUGUGACGGCGAGGUAAGGGCAACCUGACACACAUGAGCAUUAAUAGCCAUGUUUACCUGUACUUGUACUUGACUGCCAAAAAUGCUGUCGAGGCAUCUGUACAUCUUCUUUGUCGAAUUGCAUUACUAAAGUACAUCAAGAUGGCACAUCAUAUACAUUCAUAUAUAUUUGUUGAGCACGAAACCUUGAAGUGUAGCCAGGACAUUUCCAAGAAACUAUGGGCGGCCAUGUAGCUUCAAUAUCUUAUAAAUUAUAUCACUGAACAUAGGUCAUAGGUGUAUUCAGUAAACAAAGAUCUGAAGGGCUGUAUUUCCUUCAUCGAACACACUAUGCGUUCAUCACAGUUUGUGACGGAUUACGGAUACGAACGAACUAGCACUUGUUUGGCAGGUGGACACUCCUUCUUGCAGGUUAAGGAGAGGGGCGUGUGGUGUGACGAAUGACUCAAAAUCAUACGAGCAAAAUGUGCAUUGGUCAUCGGUCAUCAUUUGAUUGAAGGUGGACAGAGGAGCGUGUGGUGUGACGAAUGACUCAAAAUCAUACCAGCAAAAUGUACAUUGGAAAUAUUUAAGAUAUCGGUCAUCAUUUGAUUGAAGUUUCAUCUGGCUAUAAGACACUGGUGUCUUGACAUAAAGGGCGGAAAUGCAUCACCAAGCAGAUGCAUCUGCUUCUGACCAGACUAAUCUACUCCAGGAUCCCGCUAGUGCGACCGGAAGUCAAGAUGAAAAGGUAGAAAUGCAACAACCAGCAGGUGCAUCUUCUACUGACCAGACUAACCUACUCCACGAUCCCGCUAGUGCAACCGGAAGUCAAGAUAAAAGGGUAGAAAUGCAACAACCAGCAGGUGCAUCUGCUACUGACCAGCCUAGUCAAAUCAGAGAUCCCGCUAGUCCAACCGGAAGUCGAGAUGCGCUCCAGGUUUAUGACCAGUUCGUGACAAGGCAUUUUCCAGACUUCAAGACUCAUGUCUACAGAGUUCCCCCUGUACAUGUUGGGCCGAGACAGAGUGAGGACAGUGGCGACAGUGGUGAUGAAUAUAAGAUUUACAGAGUAAAUCCAUCUGAUGAAAAGGGAGAUGAGGCCGAAAGGCAAACAGCAGAUUGUAUUGAAAGGUUCCUCAAGAAAGAACGCGCUAAAGCCUUUAUACUUACAUCCUACCACUUUAGGAACUUUUGUCAUAAGGCAGGGCCACCAGUGGAAGAUACUAAUGAAUAUACAAGCCCAUGGGGCAAGGAGGGAGAACAUGACAUUGUUAUAAUAGAUUAUGAAAGAGGGGUUCUGUUCAUACAAGUGAAGGCUUAUGCUGACAAAAAAGAUAAGAGAGGAGCAAGUCAAAGUGUUAAGACAGCCUUUAAUCAACUUCGUCGUGAUAAAGACUUCUUUGAAGCCAACUUUAAAGACCUGACACAAGAUAUGACUAAAUCGUUUGCAGUCAGUCUCCCUAACUUCUGUCGGGAGAACUUAAAUGACGAAGGGUUCCCAGAAACCCGUAAAGAGUUCAACAGUGGGUUUCAUAACCUUAUGCAUUCAAGGUCACCGAAUGAUGAUUAUCUUCACCUGGGCCUGUUCUUUGAGGAUCUCGAUGAUGAAACAAUGAUGAAGACAUGGUGGAAUUAUAUUUCUGAAAAAUGUCAAGGAUUUUCAUCUUGGGAUGAUUACAAAAGAGUUGUUGGCCGAUAUAUUGGAUUCAGAUCAACAGUUGAAACUCCGUUUGGAGAGGGUUUAACGAGGGGACAAUGUGUUUCUCUGAUAGAUAAUAAGUACACGAAUAUUGUGUUGACACCUCACCAGAUUACUGUGCUGAAUACCACAGAGGCAAAGCUGAUAAUUCGGGGAGAAUAUGGAGCUGGAAAAACCGUUCUUUUGGUUUUAAAAGUCCGUCAGUUAUUACGCAGUGGACGUACGGUGAGUGUUGUUAGUAUGGCAAAGUCAGACCUCCUCAAUGUCCUACAAUUCCAGAUUAAGCAGGGUUUAAGUCAAGAUGAACAAAACAUUGAAUUCAAACAGAUUGAUUCAACAGCUGAUUUGGCAAAGCAUCUUCGUAGAAAUGGUGGAAACAAAGACGUAUUUAUAGACGAAUUUCCCUCCCAUUUAUUGGAAGAUAUCGAGCUCAAGGAUGCCAUUACACAAUAUCAAAAUACCCUCUGGAUCAUCAUGAGCCGCGAGCGUCAAGAUGGCAUGAGUAGAGGGGUUAAAGACACUUUAGCAGGUGCUCUUCAAGAAGUUGUACUAAGGAAAGUUUUGCGUUGUCCACCUUCCAUUACAACAUUUCUCCCCAAUGGAAAACGAGAAAGAAAGGAGAUAGAAUAUUCUGAUAAAAAUAGUGGCAGUCUAAAAAUGAUGAUCCAAAGACAUUUUAAAACUAUUGGAUUUGUUUUCACACAAGAUACGGUAGAAAAUAGUCAGUCAUGUCUAAACAUAUCUGAUAUUGUUGUGGUUGAUGCCAUAAAACGUGAGUGGCUUGUGAAACUUAUUGGACUUGAUGUUCCUAUCGUGCACGAUUCUUCCGUCACAAAAGAUCAAGUUGCAAAAAUCAAAUCCGGGCAAUUGAAAAAGGCAUUAUACAGUCACAACAAAGAAGGUGAUGGAAUGAGAAAGGUGGCUGAAACUGAAGAAGGAGUGGUCUUCUACUACAAAGACACCAAACAAGUCACUGACAUUAAAAAGCUCAAAGGAAAGAAAGACUUGGCGUUGCUGCUGCAUUCCCUUGGAGCAAAAUCUCAUGCGAUUAAUAAAGCGUUAAAAUCAGAACACAAUUCCACUGAGCCCGAUGAACACUUUCAUUGGUAUGACAUCACAGUUGUAGAUGAGCAGGAUAAACCAGAAUUCGUAUCCGAAGCCUUGAGAGAACUACACUUUCCACUUGUUACUCCUGCAGAACCUGACAAAUGUAUUUCAGAAGAUGCUGUGCUCUUUACAAAUCCAGAGAACUUUGAAGGAUAUGUAAGGAAAAAAGUUAUCCGAGUAGAACGCGGCAGAUUAUUGAUCGAUGACGAUGAACUCGCCUCUGCUGAUGGCCCAGAAUGUCAGUAUGUCAAGCAUAUCACAAACCAUGGAUGUGUUCUUGAGAGAUGCAACACCUGCAGGGAAUCGCUGUUGAAACACCUGGGUGAUCUUGGUUUACAUCGUAACCAAGUCGCUGCCCAAGAAUCUGAAGGUCCUGAAGCAGCAACCCCAACAGUAAGAGACCUCGAUUGGUCUGAUGUUGUGGUAUUGGACAAUAGAUCAGAUGGUAAUAUUUCUGAGAUUCAGAAUCACUUUGCUUUUCCACGCAGUGUAAUAUUUAAGGAACCCAAUUCCUUCCUAGGCCUUGAGAGAAAGGUGGUCAUCGUGUUGAACAGUAAUAAGAAACCAAGUCCAUUGACGUCGGAUGGAUGCAUUGUGGAUCACUUUGAGGCGGCGAUAACGAGAUGUUCCUCACAACUGAUUAUAAUAGAAAUACAUUGAUACAGUGACAACCUAUUAAUGUGGAUGCUACCGACCACAGUUAAAAAAGACAGAUAUAUCUAGAUCUAGAGAUCUAGAGAUAUAUACAUAUAUCAUUCUUAAAAAUGCAUUUAAGUAGAUACUUCAUAAUGUAUCCAUAUAACCAUAAUUUAUCCAAAUAGACCAAAACAAAAGUCAUACAAAUUGUAUGUGAAAAGAGAAACCUGUGUGAUCGCCAAAAGAAGUUCCUGUUAACUGUCACACUUUGCUGCUAGAUUGACACACAACAAACUUGAGUCCGUUUGGAUAUAUUGUGUCAGUGACGGCUUCAAACGAAGGACAAGUUCGCUAACAGAAUGAGGACAGAUACCUGAUCUACACACUGAGCUUUACGUAGAAAUCAGUACUGACUGUUCUUAUUCACAGCAGAAAAAAACAGAAGCCAGACACACUUACAUAACCUGUCUAAGGAUACAGUUCGAUUUAUCUGAUCGUGCAAGCGUGUUCAUUCAUUACAAGUCCCUUGAAGAUUCCGGGUUAGAAUUGGUCUUCAACAACCCAUGCUUGCCGUGAGAGGCGACAACCGGGAUCGGGUGGUCAGGCUCGCUGACUUGGUUGACGCAUGCGUGGAUCGAUUCUAAUGAUGUCAAUCUCUAGACUGUCUGGUCCAAUCUCGAUUAUUUACAGACGGCCGUCAUAUAGCUGGAAUAUUGUUGAGUGUGGCGUUAAACAACAAACAAAACAUUAUUUCAAACUUUGUCGAAAACAAUGGCAAAAAAAUAUGCUUUGAAGGGAACACAGACCAAAUCAACCAAAGCAAGUCUAGAUAUCGUUCUAAAUAUUCCAAACCCGCUUCAUUUCGCCACGCUGAAUUUAUUACAUGAAAUCAGAUUGAGUGAGUGAGUGAGUGAGUUAGUAUGGUUAACUCCGCUUUUAGCAAUGUUCCAGCAAUGUCACGGCGAGGGACACAAGAAUGAAAUCAAAUUGAAAGUCGCGAGUGAUUGGGUGCAUAGUAGGUCUUUGUUAACAUAUAACAAAGAAUGCAUACCGAAACUCAGGUGUUUUACGUGAUUAUUUGGUUUAAUAAAGUGUAAGAAAACUCGUGGAUGCAUAUGAAUGAAACAACCUGAACUUUCACUUUUGACCUUUGCGGGGUUAUCCAAUCAAAACUUAUAAAACUAGGUAAAAAACACUACGACACAGGUGGGACGAGUGGGUUUGGUAUCUCUCCACCUGUCUCUUCACCACCUGUCAGUCAGGUUUUACGCCGCUUUUAGCAAUAUUCCAACAAUAUCACGGCGGAGGAUACCACAGAUAGGCUUCACACAUUGUUCCCAUGUCGGGAAUCGAACCCGGGUUUUCGGCGUGACGAGCGAACGCUUUAACCACUAGACUACCCGACCGCCCAUAAUUAAAUUGGAAUAUGUAUUAUCACGACUUUACAACCCAGGUAGAUUCAAUUAUAUGUUUUGCUUAAGACAUAAUUGUGAAAACGAAACCUUUGAUUAAGCAUAAUCUAAAACAAGUAUCAUGCUCUGUCAGGAAUCUGAGGGAAACCUAGAAAUCAAGAAUAAAGUGUAUUUUAUAUAUGUAAGGGUUUUUUGUAUGUUUGGGACAACCAUCGGGAAGACAGUGGGAGAACCAGUGAGAGAUUUUCUCUAGAUUAAUACUAUUUCCAAGUUUGGAAUUGUGACUGUUUUAUCUGUUUUCCUCCCGUCACGAGUGUUCCAGGUUUGAUUAUUGGAUCACAUGUUAUCUGUAUGUCUCAGAAAAUAAUUUCAUAAUUGUAGAAUAUAUGUACAAGUGAAGACGCACAUUGGCUAUGUAUCCAGCGUGUUCAUCAUUUUUUAUUAAAAUCUCUGUAUGGCC